AUGCACUCUGUCGGGCGGCUGCUCUUCUACCGCUGGCCGGAGAAGCACGCCUGCCUGGCCGACUUGCUUGCGCCCGUCCACGAAGUGGUGCAGCGUUGCAGUUGGCACAUCGUCUUCCUCAAGAUUCCGACUGGGUGCGGUCGGGGCGCUGUUGGAACGGCCGAGGAAGGGACUGGUUGUGCAGAGUACCACCUUUCUGCUCCCACGGAAGAGGCGGCUGCCGUGGCGCGGAUCAAUAUUGCACGGCUCUUCCGCGGAGAGCCAAUGCUGUGCAAGAAGGACUCCGUGGGCACGCCCCGCGCGGCUGCUGCGUGGUUGGAAGGCGCACCGCCCGUGCGGGCGUUCAUCGCCGGUCGGGAUGUCGAGCUGAUGGACUUCGUGGAGUUCGGCGAGCAUGACGUGUUGCAGGCCUUGUCGCACAUGGCCAACAAGAUGCACCCUUACCUUGUCAAGACCAGGUCAGGCAGGGGACGAAGCAAGGCCGAUAUAACGCAGCUGAUGAGGGCGCUCACUCAGCUGGAGCCAGGUCGCGCUACUGCCUCGAACGCGCUUCUGCGCCGGGUUCUGCCGGUGAUUUCACAAGCCAAGAUGAUGGAGACGCCGCCCUCGGGCGCGCCUUCUUUCGCCAAGGCGCUGCUGGACACGAGCAGCGAGCGAUCGACGGCGAAGCUCCGCCCUGGCCUCGGCGACGCUGAGCAGUCUGUGCAAUCUGCCAUCUUUCUGCUGCUCGAGGAGCUCAUUCUCGAGGCAGGGUCGACGCUCCGCAGCGGGCGGGCGCGCUGUCCGCGCACGGCGUAUCUGCGGGCGCCGCCAGCGCCGCGAGAUGCCCGAGAGGGGAAGGGCAAGGGCAAAGGCCGCCAAAAGUCACGGAAGCCGAAAGCUCAGGAGGUCAGCAAGUUGGUGAUGAUAAAGGCUCGCACUCAGCUCGAGUGCACUCUGCCGAGGAGCAACGGCAAACUCAGCGCGAUGUGGAUUGGGCGCCACGACGCCGUGGAGGAGUGGAUGCACGGGGGUUGGCAGAAAGGCGCGGAGACUCCAUGCGCACUGGGCACGUUGCGCAUGGUGGCGUCGACGUCGCCGGAUGGUCGGACGAUUUCCGCGUCGCCGCCGGUGGGGCUCCUGCCCGACAGCUCCGAAGGACUCCCGGUGCCAGUGCCGCCCGGGCAGCCGCUGCGCGUCAUCGCCGUGCUGCUGGCAGACAUGCAUGAGGCGUACCUGAUCCACGAGACCUUCCGGCAGACCCUGCGCGGCACUCUCUCUGUGCUGCCCGCUGCGCUCUGCUCGGCCGCGCGGGAGGCCGUGCCCGCAGAGCUCCACUGCGCCGACGUCCUGAUGCGCCUCAUCCUGGGCCUCGAUGUGACGCGGGCUGCGGUGUCGGCGAGCAGUGCAGCUGACGUGGCGGUGGAGAUGGCAGCGGGCGCAGCGCAGUCUCAGACGCGGCGCGACUUGCUCCGGCGGGUGGAGACCAUGCUGAUGGAGACGCUGAUCUUGAUGACGGCGACGCACAACGCUGCGGCCAAAUUUCUCGUGGUGGAGCCCACGCGGGAGAUGUGCGCGGCGGCAGUCGCCCGGCUCGACCGCGGCCUCAACAGGAUCGGCAUCAGCCAGGGAGUCGCGCGGGUCGGCUACGACGAGGACCGGUUGAACGAGCAGCGCGCCCAAGCUCGCAGCGUGUUGAGGGCGGUGGAUCACUGCGUCGAGCUCCUGAAGCGCAAGUGCGGAACAGGUCGGGAGGGAGCUGCCAGGCAAUUAAUCUGCGCUCUGCUGGCGCGGCGCCAUGCAUUCCUGGAUCAGCAUCACUACAGUGAUCGGGGGCAGCGCCGAGCGACGAUUCUUUCCGGGCUCCGGGCCCUGGUGCUCACUCCGGCCAAGCUCCUGGAGCUGCGCACGGGCAAGAACGAGUUGUCUGGCCUCCUCGAGGAUCGGGGCAUCGCCUGGGCGCUCUUCGCAGACGAGAUGCAGCGCUACUCGUGGAAGAUGGUGGGGGCCAUGGGAACCGGCUGCUCGAUGGCGAUCCUCACUGGCGACGUGGACCAGGCGAGAGAUCCGCGCGGUCCUCGCGCUCCUCAGGGAUCUACGGGGAGUCGCAAGGAACUUGCGACGUUGCGGGGCGGGCGCGUGGACUCUGACGAGCUCCGCGGCGCAUGGUCCAGCGCUGCCAACUGGAUCCCGCUGGGCAAGGCGGCGCAGACGUGCAAGUUGGCUGAGUCUUUCCGCCUUGGAGCGGCCGGCGUGGCGCUGCUGCAGUGCAUGUUUCCCGGGCGCCAUAGCCACAUGGUGUCCGCGCGGGGUGUGCGCGGCGGCCCGGAGGACUGCCUGGUUCUGCUCGCGCCGGUGGAGCGCCUUCGUGACUGGGAGCACAAGGCGGCGACGUCGGAUAUCAUAUGGUCUCCGACGUUUGUGCGACAUUGCGCUUCUAUCUUGGCCGUCCAGCUCGUCGUGCUCCUCAGCGGAAACGACGACGGUGGUCGCGCCGGCGGCAUCCAGGUCGUGAGCUUUCUGAACGGUUUCCUCAAUGAGUUCAAAGCAUUCUUGGCAGUUCAUCUCUCCGAGUUGUGCGCCCGUGCUCAUGAACAUCUUCGGCUUCCGCUGCCGCCUGGAGGCUCCACGAUCUACGGGUACAGCAGCGCUUGCAGGGCGAAGCUGCUGUGCAUCUCGGUAGCGCUGGCAGCUGGUGGCGGAGACGGCCCGGUGGAGAUCCUGCAGCGGCACCUGCAGUUUAUCGCCACGUCGCGCUACUCCAAGCGGCUGCACGUCGUCGUCGAGGACUUGCGCGGCGAGAUCAUGUUGCCGGACAACAACUCCGCGCUCUCGACGGAGGGGGUGUUUCUCGGCCUCAAGCAGAGAUGGGACUUUGCCAUCCACUCUGACUAUUCGGAGGCGCAGAUACAGAUCUGGCAGCGGAAAGCCCACCAACAGAUGCCAUGGGUGCGUCUGAUCGAUUUCGGAGAGAAAGAAUGGACGCGCCUACGUGUCCCGGUGCGCUUCCGCGAGGCCGUGAGGGACGACGCGGCGCCGCCUGCUUUCUAUUCUGCGGUGUACUGGCACCGCCUCCAGCAUCCAUCCAUUCCGCGUUCUGCUGACUGGGAAGAAGUGCAACAGUUCGUCCGGGCGGUCGGGCGGACGCGCUCAGCGCGGCGCGCUGACGUCGCUGCGAGGCUGCAGCAGACGGGCCAGGACGCCGUGGAGACGGAGACCUCCCCGGACGACGAGGAGGAGUGGGCCUGCCUCGACGGUUCUUUGAAAUGGAACCCGGACUGCGCCAAGGCUGGAGAUCCCCCUGUUUUCAGGACCGACGUCAUCCAGAUCUUUGCCGAGGAGUCCGACCCGGACAUCGAUUACGCGGACGAGGAGGACAUGAUGCGUCGCGGCCCCCCGGUGGAGUUUCUGGAGGAACGCUGGCCCGGCGUAGCAGUGGACGCUGUGUGCGUGCAUCUCCGGAGCGAGACCGAGGUGAACAUCUCGUUUCCCGUCGCCGCGGAGCUGCUCUUGUCAGACUGGGAGUGGGCUGCCACCGCGCCGGCGACGGGCCGCGAUGACGAUCCGAACUGGUUGGUCCGGCACGUGUCCAAGACUGCGUGGGAGUUCUUCAAGGAGCCCGGGCGGGGCAAGGCGCUGCUGACGGCGGGCGCCGGCAUCGAGCGCAACACUCGGCGUCGCAAGAAGCAGCUGACGACACUUGGCGAGGACACGUUCGUUCUGUGCCAGGCUCGCUCGGAUCGCCCGGCCUUCUGCAUCGAUGUCAUGGAGAGGCAGGUCCGCGUCGACCUGGAGGAGAGCGCCGUGGGCGACGAGGGCGCCGGCGACAGCAUGGUAGAGACUGAGUGGUCGCACGCGUAUGUGGCGAUGGGACUUUUUCUCCAGCAUAGCUCGCAGACUGCGCUGCUGGCCAGAGUCUACAAUUUGGACCUGGCUGUGUGCUUCGUGAAGGCUGUAUGCCGCGCCCUGCGCGUCUGCGUUCGCGACGGCGCCAUCUGGGCCUCGGAGGACGACGCUGGACGAGCUCUCCGAGCUAGUUUCCAGUUGUCUCUGGAGGAAGAUGGCGUGCCUGUGGAUCGGGCUCUUCCUGGUCGGCCACUGCACGAGAUCGACAGCGCGCUGCGACUCUCGACGAUUGUCAAGGUUUUCUGUUUGCUGUUCUAG